AUGUUAGCAUUUCAAACCAAAGAUGAGUAUGUGUAUGCUUUCUUCAAGUUCAUGCCUGACAUUGACAAUUUACCCAGUGCUAGGAAAUUGUACAAACGUUUAGACUGUUUGAUAAAAUUCUAUAUUGGCUUGGCAGCAUUAAGUAUAGUCUGGAUGUUGGGAUAUUUAACAGAUCCUAUAAAUACUAUGUUUGCAGUAGCCAUAAUUUUGGAUUUAAUCGAAACUGACUAUAAUUUCAUCAAAUUUAAAGUCCUCGAAGAAAAAGUAUGCUGUAAUAAUGAACGACAGCGCGAUGAACUGCAGCAGCUGCAGAAUCUUCUAGAAGAUAAUCCCCUACGAUUCAACAUCUUAGCCGAUAUACGUCUCGCUUAA